UUGUAGGAACAAAUAAAAUAUUGUCAUAAAAUUGCUCUUACACCGUCAGUAACAUUUCCUGGCUGAGGCAGGCUUAGCGAUCAUGGCUGCUACAUUAGUGUUCCUGUUUGUUAUUUGUUUUCUUGGCACCGAAUUGUUCUUAACACAACAAGUAUCUGCAAAUAUUUACUCAAAGUCUUGGAAAUCUAUUGUUACUGGCCUGCAGUUAAAUGAGAAAGCAUACAUUGACUUGAUUAAGACAGAUCGUCGAUCCUGUAUCACUUUCAAUGACACAUGGGAAUGUUGUAAGCACAUCUAUGUAAAAUCUUUGAAAAUUAAUGACACAGCUUGUGUUAAACUGACUUAUUUACGAGAAGACAUCGGAGCUGAAGUCAAGUUACUAUGGGAUAACAAGACUAUUUAUAAAUAUUCUGUAUCAGUGAGGAAUCCUCCACCUGUAUGUAUUGGCUUACCUCACCUAGCUGAAGUGAGAUUAUGUAUAAAAUUCUAUAAUGUCACCUUUAACAAACACAGAUUCUCAGCCUGUGUCAAGUUGGAAAUAAAGGCUGGAAUUGAAGAAGAUUUUAAAUUAGGUUGCUUUUCUUUCCCCCUGCCAGUCAAAAAAGAAAUUAAUCAUCUUCCUUUCCAAAAAUUGCUAUACCCUCCUCUUUCUGAUACCAUUCAUGAUUCAAAUAUUUUCAGGAUGGAUAAACCCCCAAACUAGGGUUCCCAGUAAAAUAAUGCUAAAACAUAUCAUGUACAAUCUGUAUUAAUAUAAAUGUGAAAUCAUUAUUAUUGGUGUUGUAAGGGGUGGUGGAUUGGCAAAAUAUUUAGACCCUCUGAUAAAAUGCUUUGUAGUGUUUGUUCAGGUUCCUUAUAUAUUUUAGGUUCAAAUUCCACCAUAAUCAACUUCACCUUUCAUCCUUCUGGUAUAUGUAUGGAGGGCAAUACAUAAAAUGUCGGUCUUUUUGCCUAAUUCAGAAAUAGUCGUUAUUAUUUUUAUUAUUAAAAAUUAGACUAAAAUGAAAUUCUUAAUGUUGCAAUGUCUAUAUGAGAGGAAUAAUAUUUAUGAAAACACUCACUCACACAUAUAUUUAUGAAACACGAAAUAAUGUGUCAUGUAAAGUAAUGCCAACUAUAAUAUUGUAUGUUAAUGUAAUGAGGCUGUGAUAUAACAUAAUGUUGGCUAUAAUAUAAUAAUGGUUUCAAAUUUUGGCACAGGGCCAGCAAUUUUGGGGGAAUGACUAAGUGAGAUAUAUUGACCUCAGUACUCAACUAGUACUUAUUUUACUGACCCUGCAAAGGAUGAAAGGCAAAGUCAACCUUAGUGGAAUUUGAGCUUACAAAGUGCAGAUGGAUGAAAUAUUGCUAAUCAUUUUGCCCAGCAUGCUAUUGAUUUUGCCAGCUCACCACCCUAAUAUGACAGCUAUGAUAUGAUUUAAAGUAUGUUAUAAUACAGUGUUGGCUGUGAUAUGAUAUAAUCAUGUGUAUGUUAUAUAAUGCUAUGUUUACUCUACCCACAUAUUCAUUUUUGCCUCUUGUUAAAUCUACUUCACAAAAUAUACUUUAUUAACUGUUAUUAUGAAAGGGAAAGGUUAUAAAUAUUCCAUUCAUUUUCCUCUAAUGUUUCAUUGCCCUGAGACCUUGUUAACUGAUGCCAUAUAUAUGAGAAAUUUUAUGCAGUUGAAAAUAAAGCUUCAAGUAAGCUAAACCCAUUGUCUGGAUUUGAUCACCAAUCAGAAACAUUAGGCUUGGGCAAUAAAUAGAUGUUACAUUCCUUUUGGAUAUUUUUAUAUUAUCGUUUUUUAAGGAAACAACAUUGAUAUCAUUACAAGCAAACCUGAUACAUGUUUUGAAAAUUCUUUAAUCAAACAUACUCACCUCUUUCUCUCUCCCCACUCUCUCUCUAUCAAUCUAUCUAUCUAUCUAUCUAUCUCCAUCUGUAGCUGUGUAUACUGUGCACAGUCUUCUUGCUUAUUCAACAAUUUGUUUCCAUUAUGUUCAUUGGAGAUACAGACUAUUAUUGUAGAAUAAUAAUAUAUAUAUGUUCAUAUAAAAUAUUUUACUUACUGUACUAUGUAUUGCAUAUUAAAAUCUAUAUUUGUUAACUUUAAA